UCUUUAUCUAACGCGCCUAGUGCGAGUUUAAAAACAAAAAUCAUGACCUUGCAUUGUACAGUAGUCCCUGACUCUCUGGAACUGUACAUCGCGCAAUGAAUUUCGCCGGAAAAGUGGUUCUAAUAACCGGAGCGAGCUCCGGAAUUGGCGCAGCCACCGCGAAACAAUUCGCCGGACUUGGUGCCAGCCUAGCCCUCGCCGGAAGAAACCUAGAUAACCUCAAAGAAGUAGCCUCUCAGUGCAACUCCCCCAGCAACAAACCUCUCCUCUUAACCGGUGAGCUCACCAACGAAAAAGACACCGAAGACAUCCUCCAGAAGACCAUAUCACACUACGGCCGCCUCGACGUCCUUGUGAACAACGCCGGGAUUUUGGAAUCGGGAAGCAUUGAAACGACGAAUUUGCAGCAAUAUGACAGACUUAUGAACACAAAUGUGCGCUCGAUUUACCACUUGACCACGUUAGCGGUCCCGCAUUUAAUCAAAACGAAGGGAAACGUCGUUAACGUGUCCAGUGUUAACGGGAUCAGAGCGUUUCCCGGAGUUUUGGCCUACUGUAUGUCUAAAGCAGCAGUGGAUCAUUUCACCAGAUGUGCAGCUCUGGAUCUAGCACCCAAACAAGUGAGGGUCAAUGCUGUUAAUCCAGGAGUCACGAUCACGAAUUUGCACAAGAGGGGUGGAAUGAAUCAGGAACAGUACGAAGCUUUUAUUAAGAAGAGUCAGGAAACACAUGCCUUGGGACGGCCCGGAAAACCGGAAGAAGUCGCCAGAACUAUAGUUUUCCUGGCUAGUGAUGACGCCAGUUUUAUAACUGGGGCCACACUCCCUGUGGACGGGGGAAGACACGCCAUGUGCCCCCGAUAAUUACGUUUACUCAUAUUUUGUAUUUUUUUUGUUGAAUAAACUGUUGCAUUUUGAA